UUUCACGCUUAAAAACCCGCGCUUCCAUCGUCGCUUCUCCUUCCCUUCUUUCAUGUUUCAUGACCUAACCAACGCCAGCUAAUGAUGAACGCCCUACGACGGAGGUCUCCGGCGCCCAACGGUUUCCGGCGAAACGCAUUCUCGGAUUCCGGCUCCGUAUCUCACUACAGCGCGAAGAGAACGACUUCUACUGGCCGGAAAAGACUGGAGCUCCGGCGACUGAAAUCCGGCAGCGGCGGAACGAUUUCUCCCGACGAUCAUGAUCCUAAAAGGAAACGACUUGAAAACGGAAGCGAAGAUUUUGGCGAGAAUCGAGCUACGGAGAUGUCGUCAUCGUACCCGUCGUCUUCCGACCGGUCGUCGGAAAACGACGUCAUUUCGUCGCGGGAUUCCGAAGCAAGAGAUAAGUCGCGGAGUGGUGUUGUCACGUGCCCAGCACAUGGAUCGAUAUCAUUGAUCGGUCGGAGAAGAGAAAUGGAGGACGCGGUAGCAGUUGAGCUGGGGUUUUUGAAUAAGGAUUCGGCUGGAUUUGACUUCUACGGCGUGUAUGAUGGACACGGAGGGUCAUGUGUUGCGCACGCUUGUCGUGAUCGGUUACAUCGGCUACUGGUUGAGGAGAUGGAGGAGGAAACGACGUCGUUGGAUUGGGAGAAGGUGAUGGUGGGUUGUUUUGGGAAAAUGGAUGCGGAGGUGAAUAGGAGUGGGAGGGUGUUAGGGGCCGAGGAGGGUUCGGCGACGGUGGGGUCGACGGCGGUGGUGGCGGUGGUGGGAGAGGAGGAGGUGGUGGUUGCUAACUGUGGGGACUCGAGAGCCGUGAUGUCACGGGGAGGUGUGGUGGUGUCCAUGUCUAGUGAUCAUAAGCCCGACAGACCUGAUGAGCUGGAAAGAAUUGAAGGUGCUGGUGGAAGGGUUAUAAACUGGAAUGGGAAUCGAGUCUUAGGAGUUCUUGCUACAUCCAGAUCCAUUGGGGAUCAUUACCUCAAGCCAUUUGUGAUACCAAAACCAGAAGUCAAAGUGAUCAAGAGAAAUAGCGCGGAUGAAUUCUUGAUUCUAGCAACUGAUGGCCUGUGGGAUGUGGUUUCGAAUGAGUUCGCGUGCCAGGUCGUCAAGAGAUGUUUGGAAGGCCGAAUGAAGAGGAAAUUCCAAGCGUUUGGAAACGGAAGCAAAUUCAACGAGGUCGUUAAGGAAAGCCGAGCAGCAGAGGCAGCAGCAUUACUAGCGGAGCUGGCAAUGGCUAGGGGUAGCAAUGAUAACAUCAGUGUGGUGGUUGUGGAAUUGAAUCACGCUGGGAAAUGUACAGUAUAGGCUAUAAUAGCAGAGUUCCAUUCUACUUACUUGUUUUACCCUUUAACCUGUUCAAUUUACCUUCUUUUUCGAUUUUGAGAUUGAGUUUAUCAAUUUGCUAAUGUACAGGACAGUUUACCGGUUUAAACACUACAAAAAUAACGAUUCUUUCAUUGUGUUUUGGUU